GGGGUAUGGGGGGGCGGGGGGAGUCGAGCCGGCUCGCGCCGGCUGGGGCGAGGCUUGGAACCGGCGUGCGCCGGUAAAGGUCCCUCCCGGCCCGGCGCCUCCGCCCCUGGGCGCGCCCCUCUCUGGGCGCCCCGGGUCCUCCCAGCCCUUCGCCCACUGCAGCCGCCGCAGGUGCCACUGUCCGGGUCACAGGCUCGGUUAAAAAUCCCACUGGGGACUGACGGAGGUGCGGGCGCCACGCUCGCCCCGGGGCCGGUACCUGUCUGACCCGCGUAGACGUGACAGAGACCGGGCAGGGAAAAAAGAGCUCCGCCGCCAGUACGGCCUCACCCAUUGUUCCCCGGGGCCGCCGCCGCCGCCCCAGUUCCCCGUUGCUGUAACAGCUCGAAGGUGUCAGGGUGGCCUGAGCCAGAUUGAACCGGUCACCGGCUGGGGCGUGGAAAGCGGAAGCGCGGCGCGCCGUGGCCCCGCCCCCCCGGCCCAGCAGGCUAGGCUGCGCGGGCGCGAGCGCCGCACGGCGACGUAUGCCAUGAUGAUAAUUCUGAAGAAGGCUUCAACACUAUUCAUUCAGGAAGGCAUGAAUAUGCAUUUAGCUUCGAGCUUCCACAGACACCACUUGCUACCUCAUUUGAAGGCCGACAUGGCAGUGUGCGCUAUUGGGUGAAAGCCGAGUUGCAUAGGCCUUGGCUUCUACCAGUAAAAUUAAAGAAGGAAUUUACAGUCUUUGAGCACAUAGAUAUCAACACUCCUUCAUUACUGUCACCCCAAGCAGGCACAAAAGAAAAGACACUCUGUUGCUGGUUCUGCACCUCAGGCCCAAUAUCCUUAAGUGCCAAGAUUGAGAGGAAGGGCUAUACCCCAGGUGAAUCAAUACAGAUAUUUGCUGAGAUUGAGAACUGCUCUUCCCGAAUGGUAGUGCCAAAGGCAGCCAUUUACCAAACACAGGCCUUCUAUGCCAAAGGGAAAAUGAAGGAAGUAAAACAGCUUGUAGCGAACUUACGUGGGGAGUCCUUGUCAUCUGGGAAGACAGAGACGUGGAAUGGCAAACUGCUCAAAAUCCCCCCAGUUUCACCCUCCAUCCUUGACUGUAGUAUAAUCCGCGUGGAGUAUUCACUAAUGGUAUACGUGGAUAUUCCUGGGGCUAUGGAUUUGCUCCUCAGUUUGCCACUAGUCAUCGGGACCAUCCCUCUGCAUCCGUUUGGUAGCAGAACCUCAAGCGUGAGCAGUCAGUGUAGCAUGAAUAUGAACUGGCUCGGUCUGUCCCUUCCUGAAAGACCUGAAGCACCACCCAGCUAUGCGGAGGUCGUGACAGAGGAACAGAGACGGAAUAAUCUCGCACCAGUGAGUGCUUGUGAUGAUUUUGAGAGAGCUCUUCAAGGACCACUGUUUGCUUAUAUCCAGGAGUUUCGGUUUCUGCCUCCACCUCUCUAUUCAGAGAUUGAUCCAAAUCCUGAUCAGUCAUCCGAGGACAGACCAUCAUGCCCCUCUCGCUGAAGGAACACUUGACUGAAUCAAGUUGAUGUGGGUUCCGAACUGUAUCUCUUCCGGCUGAGGACAGAGAAGUAUCUUGGAGACACGUUUUCAGAGGAAGUGGAAUUGCUUUUGCCCAGACAAAUGGCGAACACGUGAAACAACCAGUGCUCAUGCUUUACAGUCCUGCAGCAUCAUGGGGCUGCUCCAACAUGCUUGAAGACCUGAGCGUUCCUUCUCUAAAACUGACACGUGCUAAGGGCAGCCUUCUUAGCCUGUGCUCAUCCGUGUCAAGACACCGUUGCAAAGAAGGAUGUUGUCCUUCCUAGUUGAAAAUUUGCACAUGCUCAAUGCUUACAUUGUGCAGUUCAAUGUCACUACAGCUUUUUUUUCCAUUUAUGCCAGACUCUUGAUACUCUUAAAACUUGUUUGUGGUCAGCACAACAUGGAACAAAAGAAAGCUUUGAAAAACUAUGACAUUAAAAAACAAAACGCACUGACAGGUUUUUUUUUUUUCUUAGUUUGUUUUUUGUUGUUGUUGUUGUUGUUUAAGUUAAUGUAGCCUGGACUCUACCUGCAUAUGCACAUGCUCAGAAUUGUCCUACUAGGCUGACCAUGUAUCACCUCUUCAGCUUGGAUCCUAUUGUGGAUUUCUUUACAAACAUCAAAUGCCUUCAAGCCAAUCCUUUUGCUGUAUGUUUUGCAGCCUACUGUAGUAGAUAAGCAACAGAUACGAGGAGAAAAGAGACAGGAGGCCAAUGAGAGACUCUGUAGGACUGGGGUUUGGCUUCCGUGAGAGUGUUGCCUUUCUACUAUUGACAGCAGAGCAGCAUUGUUACUGACUGCCUAACAUCACUCAAUCUCAGGUGAAUGCAUCACUUGCCAAACUGUCGGAAUGCCGUCUGUGUGUGUUGCACUGUUACGUUCUUGUUCUUGUUCUUGUUAUUUGGUUGGCUUUUUGGAGAGGGAAAUUCGGAAAUGGGACAUACACAAAACUGAUAACCCACCCACAUUCCCCUUUUUAUCAUUACAUAUAAGAAGAAACAAAGCUCUGAGAAGAGAAAGACAGUAGGGCAGGCACCAGCAGAGGCAAGGGCUGCUGCUCUGAAAAACUAUUUUUAUUAUUUUAAAAAUGAAUGGAAGCUGUCCAGUCACUAGGGAAGGGAGGGGAAAGUGCAUUUAUUUUUAUACAGAGUUACUUAAUUACCUCCAAAACACAUAUGUUGGAAAUCAUUUUUGCUGAUGCAAAAUAAUACUUUAAUGAGCCAGAAUAUGUAGAUCCAGGUCAUGAUGGGAAAAGCUUCAUUUAUACAUUUGCUCAAAUUUGAGAGAAGAAAAUCCAAAUUUGUUCCAAAGUGUGUAACUUUGGAAGGAGAAAUACCAGAAUGUUUGCUGGGACAAGUGGCUUUAGUUUGUCCGUGUGUAUAAUACUGUUUUCCAACAAUUUUUUUUCUGACACGUAAGAGGAAUUGAUAGGUCUCUAGCUUUUGAGUAUAUACAGGUAGAGCAACACAUGAGUAAAUUAUUUUUAAAGAUAAUGUAUGGUUGGAUCAUAACCAUAUACUAACAUUCAUGAAACAACUAAAACCCCAUCUUCUCAAAAUACAAAAUAGAGUGAUUUUGUAAGAGUUGGCUUGUGUUUUAGUGACACCAGCAUCUCUGAUAUUGCAACAUAUGUGUGAGAUGGAUGUUACAUCUGUCCACUUUGCCAUCUGACCCACAGUUAGAGUGACUGAGAAUAAUAGUAACUCUGGCCUGGUGCUUGACCUGGUUAAAUACUGUCUUAAAGCUUCAUACAAAAUAGGCUUUUCCAUAAGUGGCCUUUAAGAAAACAUGGAAGAGAAUUCAUGUUUGAAACAAUGCUGACAGGGUGAAGAAAGCCCAUUGUAAAAAUGAAUCACGUUUUAAGUGAUUCAGUUAAAGGGUUUGUGCUCCCGUAGCAAACUAAUACUAGAUAAUAAGGAAAUGGGGGUGAAUUAUUUUUUUAAUUGUUAAAUCAUUUUGUGAAUGUCCCCCCUCAGAAGAAGCUGAUGGGAUAUUUGGCAUAAAGGGCAUUUGGUGGUUUUGUUUUUGUUGGGAGGGACUGUCUGAAAACACCUGACUGUGUUAUGUUUAACUAGGGAACAAUUGUUGGUGUGCAUGGCCACGGGGCACUCACUACCAUGUUCUACAAAAUACUAUAUUAAGCAAGAAUGACCAAUAUUCUGAUAAUUGGCACUGGUGACAAAAUUCUUUUAAGAUUUGGCCAAAAGUUUUCUUUUUCUCAUUAAGUAUUUCUUUACUCUUUAGAGGCAUUACACUAGUCUAAAUAUUGGUCAAUUCCUGACAUAACAUCUGAGGGUCACAGUUGCGCUCUAGUAUUCAAGAUAGCUUCCUAAUUUUUCAUUUAGGAAAAGUAAAAUCCAAAAUGUUCGCGAAACAAAGUGCAAUAUUAAAUGUUUGCUUUAUAGAUUAUAUUCUAUGGCUGUUGUAAUCUUUUAUUUGGUGCUGAAUAUGUUCUUGUAGGCUCUGUUUUAAGAAAACUAUGUGGGAAAUGAUUUAACUUUUCCUAUUGCUCUUCCUUGUGGAAAAUAAAAGUGUUUUUUUUUUUUUCUUUUUUUGUAUAA